AUGUCUUUCUACACGUCCCUCAAGACGCCGUUCGCGCUCCUCACGCACAUCAUCGCCUAUGUCGUGUUUAUCCUCUCCAUCGUCCAGAUCUGCAAGCACAAGGACAUGUACGGCCAGCGCGUGGACAACUACGUGCCGGCCAUCGUCGCGAUCCUCGUCAUGAGCACCCUCCAAACCCUCUACCACGUCGGGUACUGGCUGUGCGCGAAGCGCACAUCGUACAGCAUCGCCAAGGUGCUCAUCGCGCUCGCCUUUUUCGCGUGCUUCAACUUCGGCGCCGUUGUCGCCCUCACCGUCCAGCGCCACGACUUCUGCAACCAGCCCCUCCCGGAGGGCCACUACGUCACCGGCGCCGCGUACACGUUCAUGGACUGCCAAGGCACGAUCCGCGGCAUGAUGGGCAUGACUUGGGCCUUGUUUGGCAUGGACCUCUUCUACAUCAUCUACCUCGGCGUGCUUACCCGCUACGCUGACAACGGUGCGGCGACGCCCGUCGGCCUCGUUGGCGAGGUCAACAAGGUCGCUGAGGACGAGGAGAAGGCUCCCGUCCACUAG